CCAUUGGGAACGGGAGUGCUGGACAUUGUUGUAGAUGCUGGUGGUGGAGGCAUGAACUUGAAAGGCUAUACCGAGAUAUUCUCACGGCUACCAUUUCUCAAAAUUGCAAGCUGAAGCACAUAUCAGACUGAGCGCAGACUGUAAGCCUUAUGGAUCAAGUUAUUUGCACUGUAAAGCCAUACAACGAGGCUCUGUAUCCCAUUUGUGCAAAGUAGCACAGUUUGGCUUGUAUAUAGCCUUGACGAGACCCGAGUUGCUCGGGGCGCUGGUAUGAUCUAGCAUCGGUGACUCGGAAAAUAAUAGUUAUAAAGAGCCAUCAGGCUUUCAUUAAGGCUUCAUUUUCUCAUCCGGCCAUUUCUUGUCCUUUUACUCUGUAACUUGCCCUGGUAGGAAAAAUCCAGAAAUGUCCACAUACGGAUCCCUUUUUCGUGUCACUACCUACGGCGAAAGUCACUGUGCUUCAGUCGGGGCUAUCAUAGAUGGAUGUCCCCCAGGACUCGUGUUGUCGCCCCAGGAUAUCCAAGUGCAACUUAGUCGAAGAAGACCUGGCCAAAGCAAUCUGACAACUCCUAGGGACGAAAAGGACCUUGUGCAUGUUCAAUCAGGUAUUGAGCAUGGUGUCACUCUAGGAACACCUAUCGGUCUCCUUGUGAAAAACGAGGACCAACGCCCCAAAGAUUACACAGAGACAGAUCUUUACCCGCGUCCCAGUCACGCCGACUACACGUACUUGGAAAAGUACGGCGUCAAAGCCAGCAGUGGGGGUGGACGUAGUAGUGCGCGGGAAACCAUAGGUCGAGUAGCUGCUGGCGCUAUCGCAGAAAAGUACCUCAAGUUGGUUUAUGGCAUAGAAAUCGUUGCAUUCGUGUCCUCUGUGGGAAAAAUCCAUUUACCUGCCGCUGUUGCCCCGCCGUCUCUCAUUCCAACAGAGGGGAAUGAGGAUGAUGAUGAGGCACAGGACGCCCUUUCCCCGGAGUUUAGACAGUUGCUGGCUACGAUCACUAGGGAAGAAGUUGAUAAACAUCCUACGAGAUGCCCCCACCCUGAUACUGCAGAACGCAUGACGAAGCGUAUCAUUCGUGCUAAGGAUGCGAUGGAUUCCAUUGGUGGAACAGUUACCUGUGUCAUUCGCAAUGUGCCCUCUGGAUUGGGUGAACCUGUUUUCGACAAGUUCGAGGCCAAGUUGGCACACGCCAUGUUAUCCAUCCCUGCCACGAAAGCCUUCGAAGUCGGUUCUGGCUUUAGAGGCACAGAGGUCCCUGGAAGUAAGCACAAUGAUGCAUUCGUCGAAAAGGAUGGCAAGCUUGGAACGAAGACCAACUGGAGUGGUGGUAUCCAAGGAGGUAUCACCAAUGGAGAAGACAUCUACUUCAGAAUUGGCUUCAAAUCACCUGCCACAAUCUCCCAGUCGCAGGAAACCGCGCAGUACGAUGGAACACCCGGUGCAUUGGCUGCUAGGGGACGACAUGAUCCUUGCGUUGUUCCGAGAGCCGUGCCUAUCGUCGAAACUAUGGCUGCCAUUGUCGUGAUGGACCAAUUAUUGAUUCAAAACUCACGUCGAACUGCUGCCUCCUUGCUGCCUCCCAUCACCACUCUUCCUCCCACCAUGGUGAUGCCGUCAAAAGCACAGUAAGCAAACAUAGAGACGCGCAACUUUGUCUUGGUUAUCAUGAGGGAUGUAGAAUAUAUAUAUAGAUAACUCUAUGUUGAUAUAAGACCCAGGCAAUGUAACUGAUUGUAACAGAUACAUAGAAUAAACCAACCUGUGUAAAAAUACAGCCGUAAAGUCCAACAUCUAUAAUCCGUGCUAAUCCUCCGAAUCUGAGUAGUCGAUGCAAUGACAGCAAACGACGGGCUCCAGCUGCCACCACCACCAACGGUGGUUGAACAGCCUUCCAGGCCACAAACCAAACGCCUCGUCAAUGGCCUCGGCACGUAUGGUCGCACUUUCAUCCUCAGCAAACGCGUCCUCAUCUUCAUGGGCACUGCCCUCUGAUUCUGUAUAUCUAGGAUGUGACGUAGAGGCCAAGAGUGAUGUACCUUCGUCUGAGGGCUGUAUUCGAUUAUGCAAGCGGCUACGCCGCCGUCUUUCUUUGGUGCCCUGACUCGGAGAUGGCUCGGGGUCACGAUUCUGCCAUGCGAAGAAGCUCACUCGUUGACCGAGUGGGCCCCACCCUUUUGAACUGCCACUGUUAUACGAGCGCAAGGGUGCUGAGAUGGAAGAAGACGGCGAGCCUGAGACGGAGGAGGAUGUGGAGGGGAGCGUGUCAGCCUGACGGUGACGACGCAUUCCAGACGUGAUGCGCACUCGUGAACGAAAGCGGACUUUAGGGAUGGGUCGCGCUUUUGACUGAGGCUCAAGUUGCUCGGUGGAUUGGUCGCAUUUAUCGCUGCCGAACGGGUCGCUGCUGCUAUCUUUCGGAUGCUCAGAGCCUUCACUGGCAGAGCCCCCAGCGCCAAAGACCGGAGCCUCGAGGGCACCGUCACUUUGUCGACGAUCGUCUUCCCUUGAUUUAGGGGACCGUGGAGGUCGAUCCGGGGAACCUUGAGCAUAGAAUAACAUGAGAGGUCAGCAACAAAAAGCGAACACUUGUCAAAGCGACAAACCGUCGGGGAUGUGCUUGGGAUAGCUCGUGCCAGGGUUGUCAUCCUCAUACUCGAAAUCUCUCACCUCUGUCAUGGUAUUCCCGACGUUUGUGGUCGUCCCUGGAUGCUCUAUAGGGGACGAUGGAUCCUCAUUGUCAAGCAUGAAACUCCCUCGUAUCCUUGCAGUCUGAAACCGCGACUAGACUGGUUUUGGCGUGGACGAGUGUAAUGGUUGUAUACGUUGGAGGCUAGCCAUCAAUUGCGAUCCAGCCUUUGCAACGGUCAUAGCCGUAGCGCUCC